AUGGCCGAGGUAGCAAAGACUGUAGCUCGCCAAUUGCCCGGCUUCAAGCUGGGUCAGAAGCAGGUUUUUCUGCCAAACCAUGUAAUCACCUUUCUUCGAAAAGAUCACCUCCCACCAAACGAGGCCACUUUCCAGGUCCCUCUGCGAUUCACAAAGUUCGAUCUCCGAGAUUACCUCUGGAACCUAUACAAUGUCGAGGUCACAAAGGUCCGAUCAUACGUCAAGCAGCAACCUUUAACCCAGCGCAACUCCCACUCGCGCUCGUGGUAUCGCCCCAAACCCCUCAAGGUCAUGACUGUCGAACUGGCAAAGCCCUUCCAAUGGCCCGAGCUUCCCGAGGAUAAAACACCAUGGAGCAACCAAUUGUUCCAGAUGCGCGAGGAUAUGUUGGAGAAGCGAAACCAGCAGCAUAUUGCGCAACAGCGAUUCGAGAUUCCUCUCAAGAGCAAGCAGCUCCCGUCGAAGGAGAGACAAGAGUUGGCCAAGAUGGCACAAAAGCUGUUAUCGGGAGAGGAGAAGUGGACUAACGAUGUUAUCUUGGAUCCUAAAUGGGAGAAGAUACUGAACAAGGAGGAAGUAGAGGUUAAGAAGGACGCAAAUGAAGCUUAA